AUGACGGCGACAGCGUCGACAGCGAGGGUGUCGCUCGACGAGCCCAGUUCAUCUUCACAGCCGAAUGGCAAAUCGAUACCAGCACACACCGCCACAGACGAUGGCAAUGACGACGACGCAGGCUGGCGCGAUCUUUCGGGCAUGUCCGACGACGAAGUGCGUUCGGAGCUCAGCAGGGUGCGCGAGGAACGCGACACCUUCGAGACGCAGUACCGCUCGCUGCUAUCCAAGCUCACCACGAUGCGCGCCACACUGGGCGACCGACUCCGGCAAGACGCCGAGGAGCUUGACCGGCGCGAGACGCAGAUCGAGACGCUCACGGCCAAGGUGUCUUUGCUCGAAUCCUCAACUGCGACGCUACGGGACGAGCUGGUGGCAUCGCACGAAGAGACGGAACGGCUGACCAAGCAGGUGGAUACGUUGCGUGCAUCGCUUGCAGCGACCGAGACCGACAGGGCGACGAGGACGAGCAGCGAUGCGGGGCGGGUGGAACGCGAGCGCGAGCUGCACGAGCUCGUGGAGCGCACCAAGCUCGAUGCGCACAACUGGCAAGCGGCGUGUCUGGAAGAGCGUGCCCGGCGCGAGGAUCUCGAGACGCAACUACACGAUGCACGCGAUGCAGCCGACCGCGCCCGCCAAGCCGAGACGCACCACCGCCUCAUCGCCGAACGCGAAGCCGCCUCGGCCGCCAACCUCUCUGCGGUGUUAAGCGAGUUUGAAUCCUCGCAAGAAGCCGAGCUGUCACGAGCUCUCGGUGACCACCGUGCGCAACUCGAUGCGCUCUCCUCUUCUCUCGCCGAGUACAAAUCGCGUGCCGAGACGGCGGAGAGCAAGCUAUCCGAGAAUGCCGAUCUAGCCUCGCAGGCGGAGAAGCUCGGUGCGCAGGUCAAGGAGAAGAAUCUGCUGAUCGGUAAGCUUCGACACGAGGCGGUGAUUCUCAACGAACACCUUACCGAAGCGCUGCGCAGACUGCGCAAUGACCAGAGCGAGACCAACGUGGAUAAGCGGCUGGUGACGAAUCUGGUGAUCCAGUUCAUCACCACGCCGCGCACGGACGGCAAGCGUUGGGAAAUGCUCAACCUCAUCGCAAGCGUGCUCGACUGGUCCCACGACCAACGCGCACAAGCCGGCCUCUCCAAAGCCUCGUCAACAGUGGCAGGGGGACAGAGACCGGCGCUUCGCACUGCCAACACAAGCGCUUCAGCCUCGAGCGUCGGUGCCGACGAGAGCUUCUCCAACCUCUUUGUCGAGUUUCUGCUUUCAGAAGCCGAGAGUGGGAAGGAUCAGGAGGGAUCGCAAGAGGCCGAGGGCCAAGUGCCAAAUAGGCUCCUCAGCCCUGCAAGAUCCGACUUUAUCCCCUCGCCCGAACCAGCUCAGGAUGCAAACCAACAGCAGCAACAACAGUCGUCCGGCUUGGGCUCGUAUUUCGGCCUCUCGCGCGGUGGCAAUCGCAAGUAG